AUGAAGACCCGACCUGCAGGGAUUGGCAAUGUCAAUGCCGACUGGAUGGGUUCUCUGCCCCCCAAGCUCAGUGCCAUGCCCCUCAAACACCUCGCCGUGCCAGGGUCUCAUGAUUCCUUUACCUACUGGGUGGAUGUGCAUGCUCCUGUUGGCCCCGACCAGAAGGCAUUUGUGAAGUACCUGGCCACCAUGUUCAGCGUGUUAGCCAAGAAGGUCAUGGUGAAGUGGGCCAUGACCCAGAAUCUGACAUUUAAGGAGCAGCUGGAAGCAGGAAUCCGAUACUUUGAUCUACGAGUCUCCUCCAAGCCACGGGAGUCCGGAAAGGAGAUCUACUUCAUCCACGGUCUGUUUGGCCACAAGGUGAGCGAAGGCUUGUUAGAAAUCAACUCCUUCUUAAGCAAACACAGGAAAGAGGUAGUGUUUCUAGACUUCAACCACUACUAUGCGAUGGGCGCAGAGCAUCAUGUGUACCUCCUUACCAUGCUGCAGGAAGUGUUUGGCAGCAAGCUUUGUAACAUGUGUGCAGUGGACAGCAUCACUCUGGACUACCUCUGGAAGAAUAAAUACCAGGUGAUUGUGUUCUACCACCAUCCUUCAGCUCAGGGCAUCCCUGUCAUGUGGCCCGGCAACAAGAUCCCCGCUCCUUGGGCCAACACCACCGAACCCAACAAGCUCACACAGUUCCUGGAAGCUACACUGAAGGACAGAUCAAAUCAUGGCUCCUUCCACGUGUCUCAGGCCAUCCUCACACCCAGGGUCAACACUGUGGCCAAGGGCCUGCUGUGGGGGCUGCGCAACUACCUGGUGGAGAGGAACCUGCCCACCAUCAUUUCCUGGGUGGAGGCUCAGAGGCCGGGGCUGGACGGGGUCAACAUCAUCACCUCGGACUUUGUGGAGCUCACUGACUUUGCAAACAUCGUCAUCAAACUCAACAACCUGCUGCUGUCUGAACAGGAGCGAAAACAAAGAUGA